AUGGCACCGCUUGGCGUCAAUAACGUCAUAGCGCUGUCGGACCAGAAGCAACUAGACGAGGUCAUGACCUCCUCUAACCAGACGCCUGUGGACAGCGCAGUGCUCGUAUUCAAAGGUAUAGGACCGGACAACGCCGAGCCUACCAGCAUCACCGUAUCCUUCGUGAGCUCUCGGCUGCCCCUCGACGUCAAGCUGACGUACCAGGAGCGCCUCAUCACUGAGCCGGAGGAGCCCAUCAACGAGUCCCAGUUCCCCGAGAUGAACACAGUGCUGCCCAUAAUGGCGAUGCUGCAGCAGAAGCAUCUCGAGCGUCAGGCGCAGCGCUUCAACUAUACCGGCCCCCUGCCCGAGGUGACCAUGUGCCGCUUCCCGUACCCGCCCUACUUUGAAUUCCACGACAUGAAGACCUACGCGCUCGUGCUGACCCGUUUCUGCGUCGGCAUGCUCGUGCCCUUCGCAGUCUACGUGGCGCGCCUGACGAUUGAGAAGGCCUCGGGCAUGAAGGAGUAUCUGCGCAUGGCUGGUCUGAAUGAUUGGAUUUAUUGGAUCAGCCACUACCUGAGUGGCGGCUUCAUGCACCUCAUCAUCGUGACACUCAUGAUGCUAUUCCUGUGCAUCAAGCACAAUGACCAGGGCCGUGCGUUCAUCCAGUACAGUGACCCGCUGCUGCUGUUCUGGAUACUGAUGUGCUUCUGCAGCUCCUGUCUGAUGCACGCCACCCUGCUCUCAAUGUUCUUCGAGAGCCCGCAAUCUGCGGUGGCCGGCGCUCUGCUCUACUGGACCUUCAGCUGCGUCAUGCCAUUCCUGACGCUCGAGCACGCAAGCGGCCGCGGCUACCAGUACAUUGCACGCCGUCAUAAGCUGGCCACCGCCAUAUUCCCCGGGAUGAGCCUGCACUGGAGUUUCCGCGUCCUCGAACGCUUCGAGAAGUUCGUGGAGAACGGUGCGAACUGGGGCAACUUUUACGACCGAGCGGUGACACCCGAUAAUCUAACGUUAGCCGAGAUAGUAUUUGUCGGCUUUCUCUGCGACUGCGUCAUCGUGGCUCUCGUCUGGUACAUGGACAAUGUCAUACCCAUGGGGCCAGGAGUUCCGAAGUCCUACUUUUAUCCUUUCAAGGCAAGGUACUGGAUACCGCGCAUGACGUUCGCACCGCCUCAACAGAGGACUCCGCACCAGAUCGCCAAUUUCGAGGAAGAGCCUCGAGACCUGCCAGUUGCCAUCAGCGUCGUACAGGCUAGUAAGGAUUACGACGGCCUGCUCGCAGCAUGCAACGUGAGUGUACGCAUCUUUGAAUCCGAGAUCACGGUGCUGCUAGGGCAUAACGGCGCUGGAAAAACAACGCUACUCAACAUGAUCACUGGAUUCACGGGAUGCAGUUCUGGACAAGUGAUUCUUGGAGGCUACGACAUGAGCCUCUGCACGCGUGAAGCCCGCCACAGCAUCGGCUACUGUCCUCAGAAUAAUAUCUUCUUCCAGGACCUAACGAUUGAGGAGCACCUUGUCUUCUUCGCCGUGCUCAAAGGUGCCCCGCGAUCCAAUGUGCGCCUCAUCGUGGUGACCCUGCUAAACGACGUGGGGCUGAUGCCAUUCCGCUCGACAAAGCCCAGCGACCUUUCUUUGGGGCAGCUGCGGCGCCUCUGCACCGCACUAGCCAUCGUGGCCGGGCCUAGGCUGGUUGUGCUGGACGAGCCGACGGCUAACAUGGACCCUGAUGGUCGCCGCGAGAUGUGGGAGCUGUUGCUCAAGAUACGUCGACACUGCUCCAUCCUGGUCACCACGCAGGAUCUGGACGAAGCAGACGUGCUUGGGGACCGAGUCUUCAUCAUGGCUCAAGGAAGAAUACGGUGUGGUGGGUCACCGACGUUCCUGAAGCAGCGCUUCGGCACUGGUUAUCACAUGCGGAUCAUGAAGGCACGGCGUUGUAAUCUCCUCGGCAUCCUGCAACUACUUGCCAAGUACUCGCCCAGCGCACGGCUGGAAAGCGACUCUGACAACGAGGCAAUAUUUAACCUCGGCCAUUUGGAAUCCUCCAAGAGCAUCGUCACCAUGUUCAAGGAUAUUGAGCAGCGAAGCGCUGACCUCGGCAUUGACUCCGUGGGCUUGAAUGUGACGUCGCUAGAGGAUGUACUGAUACAUGUUGGCGAAGACCAGCACCUGCACCGGCGCUCAGACCAGUUGUCGCCAGUGCGUCCUUCGCAGUCUGCGAAGUCCCUCGAGCCGAACCCCGCCCGAGACGACGGAGGCAUAGAGGCUCGGUCGGACGCCGUUCGAGUGAUGGCAAAUGCCAGCAUGACGGACGCCGGCUGCUUGGCCCGUGUCUGGGUGCUGCUGGCCAAGCGGGCCACGUGCUCGUGGCGCGAGCGCAAGAUGCCGCUCUUCAGCUGGCUGCUGCCCCUCGUGCUCCUCGUCCUUCUCUUCGAGCUGGAGCACAUCGCACUCAAAGGGUCUGGUCGUUCGCAGGAGCGCCUCACCGAUACACUGUACUAUAACUUCGACGACGUCGUCGUCUAUGCACAGGGCUUCUUGCAGACAGACAACUUUAACGAACCCUUCUACGAGAAACACUUGGUUCCCAUGCUGCCUAAAUUGAGCUUUUUCAUCAGAAAAUUCCCGACUGACGUCGACGUGAACAAGGGCCUAUUAGAAUACGCCAGAGAAUCUCUGUGGAACUACGUUUUCCAUCUGCACUUCGGCAUUCAAAUGACCGAGAAGACAGGGAACGUUCUCUGGUACAACGGCCAGAUCCAGCACACGGCUCUGCUCGUGAUGACAUUAUUCAACAACGCGAGGCUGCGCAAUGCGACUGGAUUGGAGAGUGCGCAGUUCUCGGUGGACGUGACUGUGCCGGCCACUGGCCCCUCGGCUGCCGGUGAGACCGAGACCGGCCGCGACAGUCAGCUGACUUACCGUGAAGUUCUGCCCAAGGUCCUCCGCUCCAUCUUCUUUCCGCUCGUCUCCAGCCUCAUGUGCAGCAACUUCGUCCUGCUGCCAGUGGCUGAGAGGGCGAUGCAGGUGAAGCAGCUGCAGCUGGUGAGUGGAGUGGGCCCACUGAUGUACUGGGGAACCGCGUUCCUUGGCGACUUCCUUUUCUACACGGGCACUGCGCUCUUUGUGCUGGCGCCGAUUCUCUACUUCGAGAGAGAGCUUGCUGUCGACGAGAUCCAGUCUAUUCUGGUGCUAAACGUCCUACACGGCUACGCAGCGCUGCCUUUCAUAUACAUGGCGUCGUUUCUGUUCGAAAGCCCAGUCUUUGGCUUUUCCACGCUGGCCAUUUGCAGCUUCCUUCUGUCGUCGUGCGGUUGCUUCCUGGCAGUGUUCAUGGAGCAUGCGAGCGAUGGUGGCUCCCUGGUCACCUUGCUCGUGGAGAUAGCGCUGGAGUUGCUUCGAUUGAUUCCUUCCUACUCGUACUCACGCGGCAUGACCAAGAUCCUUCAACUGGGCGCGGAGAACACUCUGUGUCGGAGAGGCGGCGCCCAGCUGGUGAGCAUCUGCCACACCAAGGCCAUCAAAUUCAAGCUUUCUCUGCAGAGAUGCUGCCAACGCACCGAAGCAUCUCGCAUGAUCACGCCUUACGAAGUUCACCCGUAUUCGGCCUUCUACGAGCUGCUGACACUAUCCGUGGAAGGGGCCGUCCUCUUCGUCGUCCUGCUCUUGCUCGAGGGAAACUGGACGCGACGCCUGGAGCGACACAGGACGGAACCGGAGUCUAGUUUUGUCCAACCCAACUCCCCCAAUGCCGCACUCAAGCCGGUGGCACGCGGGAGAAAGGUGGCAGGGGAAGUCGUUGACCACGACGUCGCUGCGGAGGAAGAACUGGUGGCUGCGUUUUCUUAUGGCAUGAAGCGCUUCGUACCUGUGGGCGCCCCACCGCGCAUGGCUAUGCUCGUGUAUCGUCUCUUUCGCGCCUACGGCUUCGGUGGUCAUAACCGUGUGCUCAAGGGGCUGAGCUUUGGUCUUCGUGCGGGAGAGUGCUUCGCCCUGUUAGGCGUCAACGGGGCCGGCAAGACGACCACGUUCCGCAUCUUGACUGGAGAGCUGCUUCCUCACAACGGGGACGCCUUCAUCGACGGCUUCUCGGUUGUCCGCAACACGCGCGAUUUCCAGCGCUACCUGGGCUACUGCCCGCAGCGUGAUGGCCUUCUAGACAUGAUGACCGGUGAGGAGACGCUCAUCUUGUUUGCCCGCCUGCGCGGCAUCACUGUUACUCGGGAGUACCUUGAAGUGGUGCUCAGCAUAUUCCGGCUCAGCGACAUCAGCGACCGGCUCGUGGGCACCUACAGGGUAGCCUACUUCGUCGAUCACCAUUUUCGGCCACGGCAACUCAACGUGUUCGACAGUAGGUGGCUUUGA